AUGCCAGUGGACGUCACAACCAAACCUGCGGGCUUUGUGCCUGUGGCCUUUCCCCCAGACUUCCAGGUGCGCAAUCAACGCGUCGGCCCAGCUCCAUAUGAAAUUACAAGGACAGUGAACAUCAAGAUGCGCUGGCGAGGUCGCAUGCUUCAUCAGGUGAUGCAGGAGUUUGGCUAUGAUGAAACAUAUGUGGCUGGCGCGACACAGAAAGAAGAUCUGCAGCUGAACGGCCGGCGUUGCGAGCCGGAUGUGAUGCUUGUGCCUUGA